UAUUGACCAAGUUUAUUAUCAUUGUCUUGUGAUGUUUCCCUGCAUGUGUCUAUCAUCACCUGGUCAUCCAGGGUCAAUAUUCGCACCGGUGGAGCAUCUCAGUACCAUCCACAAGGCUCCAUAAAUACAGGUAGAGUUAGGCGCCGCAUCGUCCGCUUUCAUUUCUGUCGCUCAUACCAACUUCGUCCCUAAACACGACACACUCUUACGAUGACGACCAGAAUCACACAUUUCGAAACGCAUGAUAUUCGAUUUCCCACAUCCUUGACGGGUGAUGGCACUGAUGCGAUGAAUACAGAUUGCGAUUAUAGUUCAGCAUAUGUUACCAUAUACACCGACGGUGGGCUUAUCGGUCAUGGAAUGACGUUUACCAUUGGUCGUGGUACCGACAUUGUUUGCCAUGCGAUCCGGGAACUUGCUGGACGAUUGGUUGGACGGGAUCCCGAGAGCUUUUUUGAAAAUAUGGGAAAAGCUUGGGACUGGAUGUGCUCCGACUCGCAGCUGCGAUGGAUUGGUCCAGAGAAGGGCGUAAUUCACCUUGCAACCGCUGCAGUGAAUAACGCCUUGUGGGACAUGUUUGCUCGUGCGAGAGGCAAACCCCUCUGGAAAUUGAUUGUGGAUAUGACUCCUGAAGAGCUCGUAAACGCAACUGCCUUCCGUUAUAUCACGGAUGUGUUAACACGCGAAGAGGCACUUGCGAUGCUUAAGGCCAAAGAGGCUGGAAAGCGUGAAAGGGAAGCCCUUGUGACCGAAGUUGGGUAUCCAGCAUAUAUCACAUCAGCGGGCUGGCUUGGAUAUUCAGAUGAGAAAGUGUCCCGUCUCACCAAGGAGGCCCUUGCAAAUGGUUUCAACCACUUCAAGAUGAAAGUAGGCACCGACCUCAAGGAUGACUUGCGCAGGGGCAAGAUGAUCCGUUCUAUCAUCGACGACCCCGCAAAUUACCCGUCUGGAUUCAAGGAUCCUUCAGGCCCAGAUCUGGCUGGGAAGAACGCGGGUCCAACUGGUGCUGUAUUGAUGAUCGAUGCAAACCAGGUUUGGGAUGUCCCACAAGCAAUAGAGUAUGUGGCUGGAUUGGCGGAAAUCAAACCUUGGUUUAUCGAAGAGCCUACAGCGCCCGACGAUGCUCUCGGCCACGCUGCGAUCAGGCGGGCACUCAAACCGUACGGGAUCGGAGUUGCGACCGGGGAACAUGCACAUAACCGUAUGGUGUUUAAGCAAUUGUUCCAGGCCGAAGCGAUCGAUGUAUGCCAGAUCGACUCCUGCAGACUCGCAGGUGUCAGUGAGGUGCUGAGCGUGUUGCUGAUGGCUGCAAAGUUUGGCGUCCCUGUUUGUCCACAUGCCGGUGGCGUUGGAUUGUGCGAAUAUGUUAUUCAUCUCAGCGUGAUUGACUACGUCGCCAUUUCCGGGACGAUGGAACGAAAUGUAUUGGAAUUCGCGGACCACUUGCAUGAACACUUUCCCUACCGGUGUACCAUGAACAACCGGGGGAGGUACAAUAUUCCGAGUAACCCAAAGGAAGGGUAUAGUAUCGAGAUGUAUAAAGAGAGCAUUGCCGAGUUUGAGUGGCCGAAUGGGUCUUACUGGGUCGGUACGAGGGGUGGUAAAGUUCUAAGCACUUAAUGGUAAGUAUAGGUUGUCGGACUCUUGUAUAACAAUCAUGUAGGAUAUGUAAGACAUGCUUCAUUUUCGAUGUUCCAGC